CAGCAGAAUUUCCUCCUUUUUGUGGUUUUUCAGCCACAAAUUUGUUUGAGGUUUCUUGCUCUUGAUUUCAAAGCUUUCUGUGAUGCUUCACAUCUCUGCUUUAUGUUGGGUCGGUCUGGUGUUCAGCAUUUUUCAGAGAAAAACUCCCGCUAUAAAUUCUGCUGAAGAAAACAACUCCACAGAUCAAACUGCAUCUUUUCCUUGUUUUGAAUGGGUUUUUUUUUAUUUCAAUGGGGAGAAAACUAACAGGGACAAAAUUCAUGCUUUCCUGCUUUUAUCUUUAAGGCCAUGGUCCUACAUUCGUAAUUUUUUGAUGGGAUAAAAGUAGAUUAAAAGAAGGAGGAAUAACUAGGUGGUGAAAUAUGAAGAAAUCUGAAGAAAUUAAAAAUCAGUGAGUUUUCUUGGUUUUAUUUUUCUAAAGGGGAUUUAAGGGAACCCUGUGAAGUGCUGGAGAAGAGCACAGGGCUGCUGCCCUGACGGACUCUUGGGUUUGGGGCUCGGCGCAGAAGAAGCUGCUGGGCUGAGGCUCCAGGUGCUGCUGUGGCAGAGGCUCUUUGGCAGCUGCUGGUGAGAGAUCUGCACAGAGAGGGGCAAGGACUUCCUGAGGGGAAGCCAGCCCUGCCACCAAGAGGUGACAGCGAGUGGAAAGGGGGAGCUGGCACCAAACCCCUCUGUCACCGAGUCCACCACCAUGGCCUGGCCAUGGCUCCAUCUCUGCAUCUGCCUCCAGAUCCCAGGUUUUUAUACAACUUUACUUUUAACCAAAACUCCAGGGCAUAUUCUAACCCAAACUAACAGUAAAACUGAAAUCCUCUGUGAGCUGAAGCAGGAGCAUACUGGGGUGUACUGGUACCGCUGGAGCCAGGAGAGGCAACAUUUCGAGUUCUUGUUGUAUUCCAGCCCAAUGGGCAAAGCCACAUAUGGCCCAAACGUGAGGCAGGACAAGUUUAGUGUCCAUGAGGCCAGGUCCCAGAGCUCCUACAGCCUGCACGUCAGCCACCUGCAUCCCUCAGACAGCGGCACCUACUACUGCUCCGUCUCCCAGUCCUCCCAGCUCCUCCUGGGCAGUGGGACACAGCUCACAGUGGUUGAUGCUUUGCCUCCAAAGACCACGCAGACACCGGUGUCCAAAAGGCCUCUUCCACGGACAACCAAAAACAAAGCUGCCAGCAGGGGAGGUCCCUGCAGUCCCCUGGUCUGGAUCCCACUGGCUGCUGGUGUCCUGCUGCUCCUGCUGAGCCUGGUCCCCACUGCCUACCGCCUGCACCGUCUGCGGCGGAGGCUGUGGCUUCGCAUCCACAGGCAGUGAUUCCCAGUGAAUCCCAGUAAAUCCCAGUAAAUCCCACUGUCCCCCCCUGCCUUGGACAGGCAGGGAGAAGCCACAGACCCUCCCUGCAGGAGCCUGAGCACUGCCUGGACAUGACCAGGAAGGACCUGGCAGGGGACAGACGUGGGCUCGUACCACAAAAGAGACAUUUCUUUCCUGCAUGAAUUCAACAUUCUCCUGGACACAACAGCUGGCAAAAGGACCAAGCUGGAUUCUGCAGCAUCCUGAGCACUUCCCAAAGGACACUCAGCAGGGCGAAUGCCAUGGCUGGCUCUGCACAAGGGGAGAGGGGCUGGUACCAAAGUGUCACCACAUUUCUCUUCACAGAGAAAAGCAAGGCACAAUUCUUCCCAAGAAUAUUUCUGAGUUUCACAUUCUCUAAACUUCAGAGAAAGGAAAAACAAUUCUUAUUUUCUGUGCCUGUGUUUGUGCAAAAGCAGAAUGCAAUAUGGAGAUUGUUCACCCAGAGUGAUGAUGUUUUGUUUCCUUGGUCUGUCAGGGCCAAGUGUGUGUGUGUCAGGACUGUGGGCUGACAGUCACGAGAGUCAGAGCAGUUGUGUGCAGAGUUGAGUGCUUGGCAGAUUCAGUUUAGAUGUAAUGUAAUAUAGUGUCAUAUAGUAUAGAAUAAUAUAGUAUAAUAAAGUAAUUAAUUAGCCUUCUGAUAAGAUGGAGUCAGAUGCAUCAUUCUCUCCCCCAUUGGGGGUGAAAAUAUCCACUGUACCAAAGGGACUCAGGUGGGCUGGAAAGCUGGGAGCUCCUUGGCUCUCCUCUGUGCUCAUCUGGAGGACAGCACAAAGGUGCUUUUCUUGCUCCUGUUAAUACUGAUUGAUAAAAAUCUGAGAAUGAGCACUUUGAGAGCAACCAGCAGGGAUGGGGCAGAGGCAACUUGUAAAGACCCUGUGCAGGUUUAUUCGAUACCAAAAGUGAAAACAUCACUCAGUUAUUUUGUUCUGCAGGCUGGUGUGUUUUGCUCCGCAUGAUUGUGUGGCAAGCAAGGAACCGUGGCCUCCAACCAGGAAAGAGUUAAAGCAGAGCAAAAGCUCCAGGGGUGAGCAGAUCUGGGAGGGUGUCUUCUCCCACGGGAGACUGCAAACAGCCCGGGGUGGGAGAGAAAAGCCAGACAAAGCCAUAAACACAAGGCCAAACACUUGGCACAGCCUGAAGGUCAACACCACCUCUGAGAGCAAACAGAGGCUCCUGGGGCUGGCCCUGAGCCCAGCAGCACAGCAUGGCCAGUGGAAACUGCCCUGAGUGGUGCCUGGGUGUGCUGAGCCCCAGGGGACACCUGUGCCCUGAACCCUGUGUGACACCCCUGCAUGCUGAGCCCCGAGCGAUGCCCACGGACGCUGAGCCUUGAGUGAUGCCAGAAGCAGGGAAGGUCUCCCCAGGGAUGGCAACAAGGCUCAGCUGCUGCCCAGGGUGCCAAGGCAGAGCUGGGCCUGGAAAUGUGGCAUCCUGUUGAGCACAGGCAGAGAGCACUUGCUUUCAGGUGCACCCCAGCCCCACAUCUGCUCAC